AUGUCGUGCAAUGGAGAAUGCUUCUCUGGAGCCUUGAUGGCCGAUUACAGGCCGCAAGGAAACAUAGAGACCAUUCAUGGUCGUGAGACUUACGUCGCUCGUCCACCUAACGGCAGCAAUCCGAAAGGCAUUGUAAUCAUCAUCCCAGACGCGUUUGGGUUGCCAUUUCCUAACAACAAAAACCUAGCUGACAGAUAUGCCAAAGACGGAAACUUUCUCGUCUAUCUUCCUGACUUUAUGGACGGCCGAUCGGCACCUGUCUGGAUGCUGAAUGUAUUCCCUCAGGUCAUGUCUACUGCAACAAUCUGGGACUGGAUAGUCAAGCCAUACUACAUCGCCCAAGCCAUGUAUGCGUCAGGACAAUACACGUCUGCAAAGUCAGGCAAAGUACUCUGCGAUGCACACUUCACUGCACACGCAAGCAACGUCAAAGUACCAGACGAUGCGAAGAAAGUCACUCUUCCGUUGAGCGUAGCUCAGGCAACUGAGGACAUGGUCAUGACGCUCGAGCAAGCACGACAAGUUGAGGCGAUCUUGCGGGAGAAGGCAGAGAAGCAAGGGCUGAAACAUUCUGAGGUCGUCUACUACGAAGGUGCAAAUCACGGAUUUGGUGUACGGGCAGAUCAGGUCUGGGGCAACGAAAAGACAAAGGAGCAUGCCGAUGGGUCCAUCAAGCAGGCAAUCGAUUUUUACAACCGAGUAUUUCAGGACUGGACAGCUCAAUGA